CGCGGCGGGCCGAGCCUGCUCCCUCCUCGCCUCUCUCUCGCUCCUUCCUCCCCUCCCUCCUUCCUGGCCGCCCGGGCGCCACUGACAAGACCGGAGCGGAGGCCAGACCGGAGCGAGGCCGGCUCGGAAGGGCGCGCGAAGGGGACCGCGAGGGCGGAGGUAGGGACGCGGGCGCCGCCUCGCCACAGCCCCGCUCUCCCGCCCCGAAGCGAGGGGGCCGCACCCCUCCCCGGCGUUGUGAAGCCGCUUCCCUCUCGCCAGCCCAGCGCCGGCGCCGGCUCGGAUGGAAUGAAUCUUCCUUGUUGAAUGCAUACGGUCUACUUGCUGGAGCUUGCUUGUGGAAACACGUUGUCCUUGAGGUUGAAGCCACUUUGUGGCAGGUUAAAUUGUGAAUCCCUGACUCUCAAAGCUGCUUAACGAGGGGGGAGACAGCUGAAUCACAUUAACCUGACAUCACAGCCGCAAUGGUGCUGUCACAGAGGCAACGAGAUGAACUAAAUCGAGCCAUAGCAGAUUAUCUUCGUUCUAAUGGCUAUGAAGAGGCAUACUCUGUUUUUAAAAAAGAAGCAGAGCUUGAUGUGAAUGAAGAGUUAGAUAAGAAGUAUGCUGGGCUCUUGGAAAAAAAAUGGACAUCGGUUAUAAGAUUACAAAAGAAGGUUAUGGAAUUAGAAUCCAAACUAAAUGAAGCUAAGGAAGAAUUCACAUCGGGUGGGCCGCUUGGCCAGAAACGAGACCCUAAAGAAUGGAUCCCUCGUCCUCCAGAAAAGUAUGCAUUGAGUGGACAUAGGAGUCCUGUCACGAGAGUAAUUUUCCAUCCAGUUUUCAGUGUCAUGGUCUCUGCUUCAGAGGAUGCUACAAUAAAGGUAUGGGAUUAUGAGACGGGUGAUUUUGAACGAACCCUGAAGGGCCACACAGACUCUGUGCAGGAUAUUUCUUUCGACCACAGUGGCAAACUAUUGGCCUCCUGCUCUGCAGAUAUGACCAUUAAGCUAUGGGAUUUCCAGGGAUUUGAGUGUAUCAGAACCAUGCAUGGUCACGAUCAUAAUGUUUCAUCCGUAGCCAUCAUGCCCAAUGGGGAUCAUAUAGUCUCUGCCUCGAGGGAUAAAACAAUCAAAAUGUGGGAGGUUCAAACAGGUUACUGUGUGAAGACUUUCACGGGGCACAGAGAAUGGGUCCGUAUGGUGCGACCUAACCAGGACGGCACGCUGAUUGCCAGCUGUUCUAAUGACCAGACAGUGCGUGUUUGGGUGGUAGCGACAAAGGAAUGCAAAGCUGAACUCAGAGAACAUGAGCACGUGGUAGAAUGCAUUUCUUGGGCUCCUGAGAGCUCCUAUUCUACCAUAUCGGAAGCUACAGGAUCUGAGACAAAGAAGAGUGGUAAGCCUGGGCCUUUCCUGCUGUCUGGAUCUAGAGACAAGACCAUUAAGAUGUGGGACAUCAGCACUGGCAUGUGCCUUAUGACACUUGUGGGCCAUGACAACUGGGUCCGUGGCGUCUUGUUUCAUUCUGGGGGGAAAUUUAUUUUGAGCUGUGCUGAUGACAAGACCUUGCGUAUCUGGGACUACAAGAACAAAAGAUGCAUGAAAACUCUCAAUGCGCACGAACACUUUGUUACCUCGUUGGAUUUCCACAAGACAGCGCCCUAUGUGGUCACUGGCAGCGUAGAUCAAACAGUUAAAGUGUGGGAGUGCCGUUGAUUUGAAUCCACACCUGACCCCGCCCCUCUCCUUCCCUCCCUUUCUGGAUGCACUCGGAUACCGUGGUCACCCAUUGAGCUCUGUUUAAAAUAAAUAUUGUCCUUUCAUGUAAAUUAUUCUGGAUGUAGAUUGAGCUUAUUAAAUGUUACACACAAAGUAUUCAUGCAUGGUGAAUCCAAAUUGUAUACUGUAAAUUUACAUACGUUGUCUAGAAGUACCAUAGGUUUUAAGAAUAUGGGCUGGCAUUGGUCACAUCAGACCUGAGAAGGCAGAAGCUGGUUGGUUGAAUUAGGGGCACUUAAAAGAGGUGAGAGCAAAAUCAUCUUGACACCCAUUUUUCUUCUUUUUGGGUGAUGCUUAUAAAUGGUCUCUCAUAUGAGAUUUUUUGGGAGGGCUCUUACAGAAACACCUCUCUCUCUCUCUCUCUCACUCACUCACAUACAUCACUUAAGUGUGUUUAAGAAAUCUCUAAGGGUACUAGAUUAAACAAGGCUGCAAUGUAGAAUCUUACAUAAUUAAUCAACACUAAACUUGGGUUAUUUUUGUCGUAUCUGCCAAAUCAAUAGGAUGUAUUUUUUUAUUUUGGCUUCCUAUCAGGUUUUUAAAAAAUGGUUAGUUUUCACAUAUACUGACAAGCUGCAAAAUAGGAAGGGACCUCUAUAUUAUGUGAUAUAGAACUUGUUUUUAAAACUUGGUCUUUGGAGUUCUGUUGCAUUCUGAAACUUGGCACUUAACUCUUUCCAAACAAAAGGUGCUUUAGGGAGGCUGUCCGUUGUUCUUGAACUCAGCUGUUAACCUGAGCAGUUAGACUUAAAGCUCCUGGUUGAAGGUACGGCUGGCCUUUUGGCUUUGGCUUUGGGUUUUUUUUUAAAGUUAGUUUUGUCAUGCCAGUGAUAUCAAAAGUUGCUUCCCCUGUCCUCCAGUCAGCACAAAUGUGGUAAGCUGGGAAACAUCCCGGUGAUUCCCGUUCUCUACAGUUAGAUUUUUUGAAGUCAGGACUGGGAGCCAGGGGAUAGAGAGAAGACCUCAGCAGCAGCCCUUUGACCCAUUGGGUCUUCAGGAGAACAACAGAGCACACAGUAUCCCGAUCCUUCUCAGGAAAGCGCUACUGAAAAGACGAAGUGGAACAUGGUCUAUGAAAGCACAGAUCUCUGCACAUCAUGCAUGUUUUUAGGUUGCCUGAUGUUCAGUUUGUUAAACCUGCCUGCUUAUUUUCAAAAGCUCAACCUUGUUUUAAAAAACCACAGCAAGUCCAUUUCAGUGCAAAAAUACUUUUCCAAUUAGAAGAGCCCUCUUUUAAAAAAUCCAUCUUCCCAAAGACCAGAAAAUGUACAAAUAUAUUAAUGGGCAUUUUGAGUCAAAUUGCAUUGCAAGUAAUGAAGAAUUCCUGAUCCUUAAUUAACUCUACGGAGGUAUGCAACGAACUGCCAGCCUGGCAUUUUAACACACGGAGGUAUUUAUUUCAUUUGCUCUGUUUAGUUAAGGGGCUUUUUAACGUGGCCCCUUUUUAAAAGAAGCAUGUAAUAGAAAAGGAGUACUUGAAUUUGGGAGGAUCUGAAUGCACGUCAAGAGAGAUGGCAAUUCAUCUACAAGAUUUUGUGAUCUGAUGUCUUGUGUUGUAUGAGGGUUUAGGUUGUCAAAGGCUGUUAGUGCCUUGGAAGGGGACAGAGUGUCGGGUAGCAGACAGCCGGGCUUCUUAGCAAUCGAGUGGCUCUGGCCAGCCACAGUAUUCGACAAGCGACUCCUACGCAUUUGAGGUUUUGUUCUUGUUUUUAAGCUGUUUGGCUGGAAAUGGCUAAUUUGCCUUUUCCCCUAAAGAAUUCCUGAAUUUGUAGUGGGCACAGGGUUAACAAUGUCUGUUGGUAGUAAUUAAAUGCUUCCUGGCAAGAUGUACAAAUUCUAGUUAUUCAUUAAGGGUUCAUAUAAACUCUGCUUAUUUCCACAAACAGAGAAGCAAAGUACAAUAUUUAACGUUGAAGUUAUCUGUUGUGUUUCUUCCUUCACACCUCAAGCAGUGAUUUUUAUUUUUUUAGGAAGUUCAGAAUUCUUUUCCGGAACUUACUAUGGUAUUUCGUACGGCUGAUUUGGAUAACUUGCAAAUUAUGCAGUCGUCCUACAAGAAGCAGCAAAUGGUCCUGAACAGGGUCAGCAGGUGCAGCCCUAGUUUUUAAAAUGAAGGAAAGAAGCUAAUUUGGUUGGAGGCGGUGAUGUAUGCUGUGGAGUCAUCUCUUAAAGUCUUUUGCUCUUGUGUUUUUUUAAAAAACCUUUUCUCUGGCUGUCCAGUCCUGUGCCUUUUUUGUAUCACGUCCAAAUGCUUACUUGGUUUGGUUCAAAGAAGAAAUUGUUAUUGGAAGGUCUCCAGUGGUUCACGUCUGGGAACACUUUUUUGUUACACGAAAAAGGCAUUUUUUAAAAUCCCCAAAGGGCCAGGUGUAUAAGCACCAGAUCCGUGAACAAACCAGUCCUUGUGUCCAUUCUCUUGAAGAGAAGUUGCAGACAGACUCCCACUCCCACGCACAUUCCAGUACUGCAUGGAUUGACACUUGCCCAGGAGAAGUCCUAGAUGCAUUCAUUCAUUCGUUCUUUCGCGCUUGGUUUUUUGGAAAGUGCAAAGUUCUUUGUGGUUUGGACACAAUCUGAAAACUGAUGUCUCAGCACAUCUUGCACUUUACAAUUUUUUUGUUGUUAAGCAAGAAAAAAAAUUAUAUAUAAAAGCCGUCCUGCUUUUGUGUGUGGUGUGACCAAUGAUGUGCCCAGGGCACUAAUAAUUAAAAACAUAGUUGCUAGCAAGUUGUCAAAGAGCACCGUAGCAUUUUGAAAGCUUUGGCUAUCGCCUCACCAAGCCCUCCCCCGCCCUCGCCGCUUCUCCUGUCGACCACUUCAGUUUCUGUGUGACUUGCCUCUUCCAUCAUUCUCAAGAGAGCUUCCUCUCUCCACCCUCCUCACUCAGUUUCUUCUCUUCCCACUCCACCCCAAUCUCUGUCUCCAAACUCAUUUAAAAGGAAAGUUUUGGUCUUGGUUUCAUGGCUAGUAGUGGCUUGAUAAUCCCGAGACUUUUUUUUUUUUUUGGAAUGGAAAAUUUGUGGAAUUUGAAUGAAGGAAAAAAUAAAAGUACUCUUAAUUCCAUAUUCUCAAUUUAGCUAAUAUUGAAAGAAUACCCAGUGGACCGUCUAAUGCGGAACUUGUCUUAGUUGCAGAAUGAUGUGUAUAAAAUAGGGAAAACUGGCUUGGGCAGAAUGGGGGAGGGGAGGGGUGGGUAAAUGAUUGAGCCGGGUUGGCGAAUCCCAGAUGGAUGUUAACUGGCCUUUUUAUUCUCUUUCCACUGUGUCCCCAUAUAGUAACUGCUUUUUCUCAUCCUAAGCGUUAUCUCUUCCAGCUUUCCAAAGUUCGUUCUCAAAAGAGUUAGCAAAAUCUUCCACUUUGUUUUAGAGGGUGAUCCUGACACUGACAUGAACACAAGCAUCGUUUCUUUUUUCCCCCAUAAGAAGGAUGUAGAGAUUGCCAUUGGAGAAGAUUUUCCCCCACCCUUGCUUCCCCAAACUGUAGGAGUUAACUGAAGAUAUUGACACAAUAAAAAAAAUCAGUAAAGGAAUGUAUAUAAUAUGCUCUGUGUUUUACAGUAAGAUUCGUUGCUCUCAGACUGUGUAAAACAAAAUUUAUUCAUGUUUUCUGCAUAUUAAAACAAAUCUUAUUGUACCAAUUGGUAAACUAUUAAAUGCAUAUAAAACUAA